AUAAAUUGAACGAUUAGAGAUGAAUGUUCUCUCGAGUGUGGCCAGUUGGUAGUGAGAGAGAAAAUUAAAAACAAUUAAAACAGAAGAAAAAAAAAUGUAAAAAUUGUUUUUUUUUUUGUAAAAUCUGGAAACAAAGAAAGAAGAAGAUUUUUUUUCUUUUUGAUAAGUAAGGAAAGAAGAAGAUGAGAGAGAAGGAGACAGAGAAUUAAAUUAGAGGUGUAUAGGGGAGAGACUGAGAGAGAGAGAGAUUAUUAAGGUUAUGGCGGCGUUGCAGAGCGCGAGAAAGGUGAUUAAACAUCUCUCUGAUCUCUCUUCUUCUUUCCCUUUCUCUCUGUGUGUUUCUUAAAUACUCUUUUCCCCCUUUUUUUAAAUAUUCACUCUUCUCUCGUACCGACAAACGAGCUCUGCCUUUACCUGACCCUUAAAAGCUACUCAACUUCAAUACACUCCAAACUCAGAGAAUGAAUUCUUCUACCUAAACCCUAGUAACCCUCUUACUCUCAAUAGUCUCGAAGAUCUAGAGGGAGAAAAUUAAGAGAGAGAGAGAGAGAGAGAGAGAGAGAGAGAGAGAGAAAGAGAGAGGAUCUUUAGAGCGUGGUAUAGUAUAUAUGGAUAGUGGUCGUGUUGCGAGUGAAUGGCCGGGUUUUUCUCGUUAGGCGGUGGAGGAGGAGGCGGAGGGGGAGGAAACAGCCAAGAAGAACACCGGAAUCCUCCUCCGCCUGUAUCAGAGGCUUGGCUCUGGUACAGAAACCCUAACACAAACGCAAACGCUCCUUCCUCUUCAAACGCUGCUUUAGGCACACUUGAGCUAUGGCAAAACCACAAUCAGCAAGAAAUCAUGUUCCAGCAUCAACAACAUCAACAAAGGUUAGAUCUUUACUCCUCAGCUGCUGGUUUAGGAGUCGGACCAAGCAACCAUAGUCAAUUCGAUAUCUCCGGCGAAACCUCAAACGCCGCCGCCAGGAGAGCAGUGGCGCUCAUGAUGAUGCGGAGUGGCGGAAGCGGCGGAGGAGGAAACGGUGCCAGCUGUCAAGACUGUGGGAAUCAGGCGAAGAAAGACUGUGCUCACGUUAGGUGUCGAACUUGCUGCAAGAGCCGUGGCUUCGACUGUCCUACUCACGUGAGGAGCACGUGGGUUCCUGCCGCAAAACGCCGUGAGAGACAACAUCAGCUAGCCACGGUUCAGCCUCAAACGCACCAGCCACGCACGCACCAGCCACGCGGUGACAGCGGCGUACCCAAACGCCAACGUGAGAACUUACCAGCAACUUCUUCUGCUCUUGUCUGCACUCGCAUACCUACCCACAACGCUUCAGGUUUAGAGGUUGGAGAUUUCCCGGCGGAGGUGAACUCACCGGCAGUGUUUAGAUGCGUGCGAGUGAGCUCAGUGGAAGAUGGAGAAGAAGAGCUUGCUUACCAAACAGCCGUAAGCAUCGGUGGUCACAUCUUUAAAGGCGUUCUCUACGACAAGGGUCCUGGAAGUAGCGGCGGCUACAACGCAAUCGCCACGGGUGAGAGCUCUUCUGGUGGCGGAGGAGGACACCAGCUGAAUCUCAUAACAGCUGGAUCUAUGACGGUCGCAACGGCUUCUUCCUCCACUCCAAACGCCGGUCGUAUAGGCAGCUCCUCCGCGGCGGCUUACAAUGAUCCAUCCUCUCUUUAUCCAACUCCGAUUAACACUUUCAUGCCCGAUGGAUCCCGCAGAAGAGAGAAGAGAGACAAAGAGGCAAAAGGAGUACAUCAACAUGCUAGGAUACGUGGCCGAUUCAGAAUACGGGAUUCCGAGAAGGUGUGCGUGCGGUGGGAGAAUGAUUGACGAGGUUCGGGGGAACGAGGAGUACGACACUCUUCCUGGGAAGCGCUUCUUCACCUGCAAAAACUACGAGGCUGAUGGGUUACAUUAUCGUCAGCCUUGGGUGAUUGGUGUCCAUGAGGAGAACAAACACCUCACUAAGCGGGUGGAGGAGGCUGAGCAGGUGAUCAAACGCCUGACUAAGCGGGUGGAGGAGGCUGAGCAGGUGAUCACGGGGGUGCCGAAUCUCAAUAAACAGAUUGAGAUACUGGAGGAACAUGUCACAAUCCUCAGUGGGCAGGUUGAUAACCUCACUGUGCAGGUCGCUGACUUGGAGAAGGUCUGCUUCGAAUGAAAACCAAUGGUCACGGGUAUACUGCGCUCUUCUGUUUUGGAUUUCCAGGUCACGGGUUGUACUGCAGGUCACGGGUUCACGGCAACUUCUUUCUCUCUGUUUGUUUCACGGGAAAGUGUAGACUUUUGUAUCUACACUUCUAUUUUCAAUCACGGGUUAUGUAAAAAUAUGUCGACUUCUUCUUUUUUAAAAACUUGUACUAAUGCACUAUAUCUAUAUAAACUAUGUCUCUCUUUAUUUCUCAAAUGAAAAACAAACUCAACUUUUUAAAAGUGUCUCUCUACUUCUUCAAACCACUAAAACGAAUUGUCUCUCAACUUCUUUUUAAAAUUGUCUAUCUCUACCUUUAUUUUCAACUUCAAAACCAGUCAACUUCUUCUUUUAAAACUUUUUCCAAACCAGUUAACCAAAUUUCCAAACCUCUGCCUUUAUUUCAAAACCACUUAACCAAAUUUCCAAAAAAAAAAAACGAUGUCUUCCUCAUCGUCUAGUGGCGUAGAUGAAAUGUUAAACGAAGCUUUCGACGAAAUGUUCGACCAGGAAAUUGAUUCCACCUUCGACUCAAUAGUUGAUGUUCAAGCCAACAAGCCGAGGAGACGAGCUUAUAUCGAAAGAGAUCGGGAACAAGGUCACAAUAUACUUUGGAACGACUAUUUCAGGGAAAAUCCUACAUACCCACCGCAAAUGUUUAGGCGGCGUUUUCGAAUGAAUAAGCCGUUGUUCCUUCGCAUUGUCGAUCACCUAAGUAAUGAUGUUCCAUACUUUAAGCAACGAAGAAAUGCUCAGGGAAGGUACGGGCUAUUUGGAACUUCAAAAGUGUACAGCAGCUAUACGUAUGAUGGCAUAUGGUCAAUCGGGAGAUACAUAUGAUGAAUAUCUCCGACUUGGUGAGAGUACUGCACUUUUAUGUUUGGAAAAUUUCACUAAUGGGAUAAUACAAUUGUUUGGAGAUGAGUAUCUAAGGAGACCUACACCGGAAGAUCUUCAACGAUUACUCGAUGUUGGAGAGGUACGCGGGUUUCCAGGGAUGAUAGGCAGCAUCGACUGUAUGCAUUGGGAGUGGAAAAACUGCCUAACGGCUUGGAGAGGGCAGUACACGCGUGGUUCAGCAAAGCCGACAAUUGUCUUCGAGGCUGUGGCAUCAGAUGAUCUUUGGAUAUGGCACACAUUUUUCGGAUUACCAGGUACCCUCAAUGAUAUUAAUGUUCUUGAUCGGUCACUAGUUUUGAUGACAUUUUACAAGGUUGAGCUCCUAAAGUUAAAUUCAAGUUCAACAGCCACAAUUAUCGUAUCCCGUACUACCUUACCGACGGAAUCUAUCCGAAAUGGUCAACAUUUAUCCAAUCCAUCCCACUUCCUCAAGGUCCUAAAGCAGAGCUAUUUGCUGAACGUCAAGAAUCCGUCAGAAAAUAUGUCGAACGUGCUUUUGGAGUAUUGCAAUCGAGGUUUGCAAUAGUUAAAAACCCAGCUCGACUAUGGGACAAGGAAAAGAUAGGAAGGAUUAUGAGAAUUUCUAUCAUACUGCACAAUAUGAUAGUAGAGAACGAACGACACAGAUACACUCUGUAUGAUACAUCUGACUUCGUAGCAGGAGAGUCAAGCAGAAGUUCCCAGGUUGAUUUCUCGUACUCUACGGACAUCCCAUCCUAUAUCAGUAAUAUGCUUCCCAUUCGCAAUCAAAUUCGGGAUCAACAAAUACAUGAUCGUUUAAAAGCUGAUUUAGCUGAAAAUAUAUGGCAAAAGUUUGGUAAUCUAGAUGAAUAAUAUUUGUAUGUUCAUGAAUUCUCAUUGUAUUGAAUAAAUAUUUUUAAAAAAUAUUAAAAUUAAUUUUUUAAAUUCCUAAGAACAUCAUCUUCAGAUUCACUAAUGGAAGAGCAAAAUA